GCUCCGCCGGGCCUCGCCGCCAUCUUGGCCGCUGCCCCGGGAGCGGGACGCGCCGCGCCGGGGGAGAAAAUGAUCCACAGCCUGUUUCUUAUAAACUGUUCUGGUGAUAUAUUCCUGGAGAAGCACUGGAAGAGCGUUGUGAGCCAGUCUGUGUGUGAUUAUUUCUUCGAAGCUCAGGAGAAAGCAGUCGAUGUCGAGAACGUGCCUCCUGUCAUCUCCACGCCACAUCACUACCUCAUCAGCAUCUAUCGCGAUAAAAUCUUCUUUGUGUCUGUCAUACAGACAGAAGUGCCACCGCUCUUUGUAAUUGAAUUUCUGCACCGAGUAGCAGAUACUUUUCAGGAUUACUUCGGCGAAUGUUCUGAGACUGCGAUUAAGGACAAUGUGGUCAUUGUGUACGAGCUGCUGGAAGAAAUGUUAGACAACGGCUUUCCACUGGCAACAGAAUCCAACAUACUGAAGGAGCUGAUCAAGCCUCCCACAAUUCUGCGUUCUGUUGUCAACUCCAUCACAGGCAGCAGUAAUGUGGGUGACACCCUUCCCACCGGACAGCUGUCCAACAUUCCUUGGCGCAGAGCGGGCGUAAAAUACACAAACAAUGAAGCCUACUUUGAUGUCAUUGAAGAAAUUGAUGCGAUUAUAGACAAAUCAGGUUCCACAGUCUUUGCAGAAAUCCAAGGUGUUAUUGAUUCGUGUAUUAAGCUCUCAGGAAUGCCAGAUCUUUCUCUUUCUUUCAUGAACCCCAGGCUGCUGGAUGACGUCAGCUUCCAUCCAUGUAUUCGAUUCAAACGCUGGGAGUCUGAAAGAGUGCUGUCGUUUAUUCCUCCAGAUGGGAAUUUCAGACUGAUCUCCUACCGUGUCAGCUCACAGAACUUGGUGGCAAUUCCUGUGUACGUGAAGCAUUUGAUCAGUUUUAAGGAGAACAGUUCUUCGGGAAGAUUUGAUGUUACCAUUGGACCAAAACAGAAUAUGGGGAAAACAGUAGAAGGAGUUGUCAUGACAGUUCACAUGCCAAAAGCAGUACUUAAUAUGAACCUCACUGCUACACAAGGCAGCUAUACAUUUGAUCCAGUUACUAAGGUGUUAACAUGGGAUGUUGGCAAAAUUACCCCUCAAAAGCUGCCAAAUCUGAAGGGAAUAGUGAACCUGCAGUCUGGAGCCCCUAAGCCUGAAGAGAAUCCAAGUUUAAAUAUCCAGUUUAAGAUACAACAGCUUGCAAUUUCAGGACUGAAAGUAAAUCGCCUGGACAUGUAUGGAGAAAAAUACAAGCCUUUUAAAGGUGUCAAAUACAUUACAAAAGCAGGAAAAUUUCAAGUCAGGACAUGAGAAGAUGGUCAACUUCUAAGAGGAAAUUCCCCUUAAACAUUAAAAAUGACUGCUUAGUGACUUAUGUUGCUAGUAGGUGCCAAUUAAUUAAUAGAUACUGAUUAGUUUGGGAUCAAAGCAAUUGUGCACUGCAGCUCUUAAAAUGAAAGCGUAGCUUAGUUUCUCCUAUUAUGGCUUUAAAAUGAGGUACCUUUUUUCUAAUACACCUUCACUUUUUUUUAACUGACUUGUCGUGCUGGUGAAUUGUUUGGUACAGGUGAGCCACAAAACGUCUCAAACACUACACUGCCAAAUACCAAAGCCCAGAGGCCAAGCACAUUAGGAAGGCCAGACAGGCCAUUGGGGAAGUGGUGUGGUGGCACAUUCUGCUGCUGUAGCUGCCUGCAGAGAAAGCUGGGCUUUUCUCACAGCCAGCUGCCAGUUGGCAUUUCACGAUGCAUCAUGCAGUCCCUUCAGAAACAGAGCAGAAACGCAAGGGGCAGGGGUCCCAUAGGGACAGAGCAAAUGUGACUCCUAAGAAAGAGCUUCUGAUGAAGACACAAUGUUUUCCUUGCUGUUUACAAGAAAUCGCCUUUCUUAAGAAGCGUUUGCCUUAAUCAGCUUUCAUUUGUGCCAUCUGCAGAUGAGCUGGUAAAAAUAACAUUCUGCAUUAAAUUGGGGAGCUGUUGCUGCUUCAGUAAUCCACUUUCUUUCCAUUUUAUCUCACAAUCGUCAUUUUUUUUAAGAAUACAGUUGCAGAGAGUAAGAUUUAUUUUUUAUGUGAGACCUUUGCUUUGGUUUUGAUGUUCCACUUUGUUGUGAGUGGAUGCCACCAGAUUCGUGCCGUGUGUGUAUUGGAGUGUAGCUUUUUAGAUAGCACAAUACAAGUGUCAAGUAUUUAAUGGUUGUGUGCUUUAAUGUUAUGAAAUAAAGGGAACUCUGCUGCAAA